AUGAAUUUUCCUCCAUUGGAAACUACCAGCUUAUAUAAGAUGCUUGAUAUCUGUAAGGCUAGUACCAGGCGUUCAUUUGCCGGUAUCGACUAUUAUAAUGCUGAUGCUGGUGAAGCUUUUGAUAAUAUUAUAAAAAUGGUUGAAAGUUUAGGUCCGAUGUCUUCGGAGCACAGAAGACUUAUUGAGAAUUUGAAACAAAGCAAGAGAUAUCUCAAAAGUGAUUUUAAAGUUCAUGUUUGUAGUUCAUCAACAGUAGCUGAUCAUUGUUCCACCUAUGCUUUAUCCGAUGCGAAAGACAAAUGUUUCCAUUCAAUGUGUGAUCAUGACCACAAAGAUCAAUGUGAAGAUUGUAUUUUAUUAAAAAAUACUUUUCUUGAAAUUGAAACUGUGUUAAAUGAUACAAUUUCAGAUAAGGGAGAAACAGAACGAACUAUUUCCAAAUUUAAAAACUAUCAUCUUCCUUUAACAUUACCACUAUAUGAUGGCCACUCUCACAUUGAUUUAUUUUACAAUUAUGGUUAUAAACACACUGAUUUAAUACAACAAUUAUCUGGUGGCCGAAAAAUUGUACUGAUCGACAAUAGACACAAAUAUUUUCGUUGGCUUCAUAACUAUCAAUUAUCAACUCCAAAUGCAACAGUUUAUACAACAUUUGGAAUACAUCCUAAAUAUAUUCCAGACGAUCUGGAUUUACAGAUAAAACGACUGGAAGAGAUCUUCGUGCAAAAGGUAAAUAUAAAAACUAAACUAUGUGCUUUAGGUGAAUGUGGAUUAGAUACUACGAGUGAAAACUCGUAUGAAUCUCAAAUGAAAACAUUUCAAGAACAAUUGAAACUAGCAUCUAAAUUAUCUUUACCAUUAGUACUUCAUUGCCGUGGAAAAGAUUUGUUUUCACCAAUGUUAAAAGCAGUGAAACAAUAUUUACAUCCAACUCAUUCAAUACACUGGCAUUGCAUUCAUGCUACAACCAACCUAACUGUCAUAUUUGAAUAUUUGAACUACUACUAUAAAUCUUAUGUUGCAUUAAAUGGUCUUAGCAUUUAUAACGACGAUAUUGAAUUACAGAAGACUUUCAUUAGAUGGCUCAAUACUCAACAUAACAUUACUGAAAGAAUAAUAUUAGAAAGUGACUUUCCAUUUGCCAAGUCAAAGCUUUUACAAAAUUCACAAUUUAAUAUUUUAACAAAACGAAAUUUUCGAUAG